AUUUGAAGCAGUGCUUCGACUCCUUCGUCAAUUGGCGCAUUUUGGAAGCUGAAGCAGCAUGCGAGACUAUUCAGACCAGCUUUGACCGCUUCAAAGCACUGAGUCCAGCGGCAUCUGUCCCCCUUGAGCCUCUGCUCGCUCAGGUUCUAUCAGAAAAAUCAGUCAAAUCAACCACCUUUCAAUAUGGCAGUGACCGGGUGGAUCAACUCAGUCUUACAGACUUGACUCAGCCAAGCUUUCAGGCCAAAACCCUGUGGGAAAGACUGCAGGUGCUGCAGCGGGCGGCGAAAAUGUACGAAGAACAAGCUCCUGCCAUCGUGGUUCAGAACAGUCGCAUGUGCAACCCUCACGACACUUUGCAAAAGAUUCAGCGACACUGGAGCGACCUGUGCCAGCAAGUGGUAGCGGCCGUUCAGAGUCAUCUCCAUGCGCCUGGGCCAACAAAAACAAUUGGCGCGUUGCAUCGUGUUCUUACCAAACUUGCUUUGGACCCGCAGCCCUGGCUUGAGGCAGAUCUCAAGCAAGCACAAGAAAAUGUCGAGACUAGCUUGAUGCAGUUUGCCGCAGCUGCCGCCGAUCGAGUACCCAGUCACGUGGCCGAGAAGAAAUGGGGACCUUUGAACAAGGAAAUGCGCUUCUCGUUUGAUCUGGCCGCAGACCUGACAUCGUUUUCAGAUGCAUCGCGCAUCGGCACCAUGCAGGAAGAGGCAUUGAAGGCUGAGCUCGACAAGCGAACCGAACCAUUUGUCGACGAUUUAGAGCAGCUGGCAACGUGUCUCGUCAGCAUGCAAGAGCUGGCCUCGAAUAGCAUCUCUGGUCACAUCAAGCAUCAAGUCAAGCUCCUCACAACCAAGCGACUGCACGAGCUUCGUCAGUCGGCCGGUGGCAAUCGCCGAAAGGAGCGUGACAAUGAUCUUUGCCUUGGACAGCUUCUGUCUAGGAGAGAACAUGGCAGGUAUGGAGAAGAGGUCAAAGCAGGCCACCCACAAUUCGAAGCCGCACGCAUCAAACAGCGUCAGGAGGCAACGCUUGGCAUGGGCAUUGACCAGGCUCUGAAGGAGAUGACCAAGCCAGAAAAUUCCGCAAAAGUUUCGCCUGCUCAUGCAAAUCGUCUACGCGAUGCUUAUGGCGCGUAUCGCUCCGAGUUUGAAAGUCACAUGAAGAACCCCAAUCAAGUACCACGUCUGGUGGCCCAAGUGCAAGCCAAUUGCCGCAAACUGGCUCAGACACCUUCCAAAAUGUCACAACAACUGCCCGGUCUGUUAGCACUGUUGUCGGCUAUCUGGAGCCUGACCAGCCUAGCAGAACUGGCCGAAACCACACGAACACACCACGGCAUUUACAAGGAGCUUCAUGUCGUGCAAGUUUUGGCUCUGCUCGAGCUUUUGGGGUUUGGUGCCGGCGAUGAUUCCCUAACUCGUUUCGGCACGUGGAUCAAGGCCUUUGUGGGCGGCCAGGAAAACAAGCUUGGUGGAGCUUUUGUGCAGGUGCAAACUGGCGGUGGCAAGAGCAUCAUUUUGGGCUUUGCUUGCGUGCUCUAUGCGUUGUUGGGCUUCGAUGUAUCAUGUGCGUGCUACAGUGACAUCCUGAGUUCGCGCGACUACAAGGAUUUUGAGGCAUUUUUCAAGACCAUGGGGGUACAUGGCAACAUUCGAUACAGCACCAUGCAGGCCUUGGCUGAAAGGGAGCUGAAUGCGCGGGGAUGCAUGCGUACAGCCGUUCAGCGUUUGAUUGCCGACAACACCCUGUCUAAGCGCAAGAAGCCCAAAGCCUCACGGCCCAAGAUCUUGCUGGUCGAUGAGCUCGUGAAAGACCGGGCGGCACAUGCGGCCGAAGAGCACCCGUACACAGUUCAAAAUGGUCGGAUCGCAUAUGAUCUCGCUGGGCUCGAUCAACCUUCAACAAGCACUUUUUAUGGAUAUGAGACUCAAUACGCCUAUCUGACCGAAGAACACCGUGCCGACGAGCCGAACACGAUUCAGUCGAAAUUUGCCUUACAUGCGAAUGCAGGCAACUUCAGCUUUUUCAAGAUGAUUCAGAACUUUGAUGUGGUCGGUGGCCUUUCGGGAACACUGCCCGACGACAUGACAGUGCUGAAGAGAGAACUCAAUGUUCAGCGAUCGACGGCCUUACCCAGCAUAUUGUUGCAGACUCUGAUCGCUUGCAUCAGCAGGUCGCGGAGGAGUGCUUGA